AUGCCGUCCAAGAGAGACCACUCCCGCCGCGGCCGAUCGCGCCGCCGCAGCCGUUCUCGCAGCCGUUCCGACACCCGCACGCGUGGGGAGCGCUUCAUCGACAACUUGAAUGCCUUCAUGAAGAGCUACUCGCACGAGUACACAAACGGCUACUACACCGGACCCAAGGCGUACCACCCGGACUAUCCCAACGAGCCCAAGGUUUUGUCUCGUGACGCUCCGCUUCGCCGCAAGCCCAAGGCCAUUGCCUACUACAACGACAACGACGAUGAUGGCCCGCAGAGGAGCAAAGACAAGGGCAAGGGCCGGGCCCGUUCUCCAAGCCGCUCGGACCCUCGUCCCCGUUCGAGCCAUGGCGGUGGCAGCUACUACGGCACUGGCUACGGCACUGGUAGCGGUUACGGCGGCAGUGGUGGCCAUGUGCCCCCCUUCGUGCCUGGCCCGCCCCUUUCCUCCGGCUAUGUUCCCACGUCCGUCCUGGACUUCCAAAGCAACCAUCUCCGUGAGUAUCCCCCCACCCCCCAGAACAGCGGCUACGAGGCAAGGGGCCAGAGCCACCACAGCAUCGAUGGUGCGGCGGUAUUUACGGCUGUGCACCCUGACGAUGUGCCGGGUCCUUCCCGUGGCCGUUCGCUUGGCCGCGACUACACUCGCGGCCGGUAUGCAAACGACUGGCUACGUUCUCCUUCGGCCCGUCCUGCGUUUGACUACGACCGGGACGCGUCUCGGAACCGCUCCCGUGGCCGUUCCCACCGUCGAUCCCGUCUUCGGUCCCGUCAUCGGUCCCAUCAUCGGUCUCGUCAUCGGUCGAAGCGGUCUCAACGUCCGUCGAGUAUUUACUCGAACGCGCCCUUUGAGUCCUUCGGCCGCAGUGCUUCCUGCGUCCCGUCGUACAUUUCUGGCCGCAGCCACUCGCAGCCGCCGUCGCGCAGCCACUCCCGCGGCCAUGCGUCUUACGGCAGUGUCUCCUAUGGUGGAGCCAACGUUGUCACGGCCGUACACCCAGACGACAACUACCGCUCAACCAGCCCCAGCGACGGCCUUGCUCCCUCUUCGUCGUCGCGCCACGACCGGCCGCGCCGACCCCGUCAUCGUUCCCACUCGACCCGGCACCGUCACCGUCGUCGCCAGUCGUUGUCCGGCCACAGCCCUGUCCGGUACCGCAGCAGCUCGCGAUGCCGCCGUGCAUCGCCCGCGCGCGAGCGGCCUCCCGCGUACAUAACGGUCACCGAGGAGCGCUACCGCAAGCCUCGCCGGCGCCACAGCAGUCGCCACUAUUCCCGCCGUAGCCGGGACGAUGAGAGCCCCGGUCGCCACGGAAGCCGUUACCGUAGCCGUCAUCGUCGCCAUCGCCACCACUCGCCUCGUCCUCGCAGCUCGGGACGCUAUGUCGAGGAACGCUACUACUCCUACAGCGCCUCCCGCAAGAGCAAAAAGGGCAGUGGUGGUUUCCGUGGCUUGGUCAAGAAGCUGUUCAAGUAG